AUGAAGGCCUUACUCCCCUCCCGGCGCUGCAGCUGCAGAGCCAUUCAGCAUGCAGGUCGACACCGGUAUGCUUCUACCUCUUCUACCUCUUCAAAUACCUCCGCGACUGCUUCUCGGAAAACCCGCUGGUUGGGGGUUCUCUUCGUGACCGCCACGGCUGCUGGCGCUGGCGCCUAUGUUCGAUCACAAGGCCCGGGGUCGACGACAUUGAAUGAAGAAACAUUCACCAAAUACAGCCUCGUCUCCAGAGUACCGGUCUCGACGACAAGCAGCCUGUUCACCCUCCGACCCCGAUACCCCAGCGGGGACAACUACGACGUCUACGAAAAUGCGUGGCGCAUUGGUGUAUGGAGUGUGAUGUUCAAGCAACCCCAACUACAGAUCGGCCGCGAUUAUACACCUCUUCCUACGACAUCUGCGACAACGUUGACCGUGGACGAGGAGAAUGAAGGGUAUCUGCAGUUUUUCAUACGGAAAGAUCCAUUCGGAGAGGUCUCCCGAUACCUGCAUACCCUGAGUAUAGGAGCAGAUAUUGAAAUGCGAGGACCACAGAUCGAAUGUGUCAUCCCUGACGAGACGAAGGAGAUCGUUUUCAUUGCUGGAGGGACUGGAAUCGCACCUGCUUUGCAGGCUGGACAUUCGCUUCUGAGCCGCCGCAAUGACGAAUUCCGACCGAAGAUACACAUUCUCUGGGCCAAUCGAUUGAAAGAAGACUGUCUUGGGGGCGUGAGUGAUACACCCAGGGCUUUGCCGUCUCGCAGUUCCUGGUUCCCAUGGUUUGGUUCCAAGACCAUCACCCCUGAGCAGGCAGCGGCGGCACCACUCGACGAGACGGCCUCUCUCAUUGUGAAAGAGCUGGAAGCCCUCAAAUCACAGUACCCGGGUCAGGUGAAAGUGGAUUAUUAUUUAGAUGAGGAAAACCGCUUUAUCAGGAAGGAUGACAUCUCCGAAGCUGUGAAGUCUAGUGGUCCAGACGACUCGCCUCGGAGUAAAUUGAUCUUGGUAUCAGGUCCCGAUGGAUUCAUCGGCUACAUGGCAGGUCCCAAGGUUUGGGCCCAAGGACAAGAACUUCAAGGUCCAGUGCAGGGGGUGAUUAAAGAACUUGAUCUAAAGGAAUGGGCUGUAUGGAAGCUAUGA